CGACAUCUAGGAAAUGUUAUUCCCUAUAAAAGAACUAAAGCUUAAAAGCUAAACAUUUGAAUAAAUUUAGUGUAAAAACACUGAAAAACAACUUAAAAAGUAUAAAAAUACGUAAAACAGAUAAAAAUCUAGACGCAGAGUGUUUGUUUUUAAUUGUCCAAGGUAACCAUCUUGUUUUAUUUGUUUGUUUGAUCGAUUUCUAAACAUAAUCAUACAUUUAUUACAACUAUCAUCAUGGUACGUGAUAAACUGGACUCUGAAGAUCCUUCCCGUUAUCCCCGGAUGACGAAGGAGUUCAUCCUUAAGCACUGCAAGGAACAGAAACUCUAUACAACACCAUAUCUCAACGAUGUUUUGUAUCUGCACUUCAAAGGCUUCUCGACGAUUGAAAAUCUUGAAGAAUACACCGGGUUGAAGUGUCUCUGGUUGGAAAACAAUGGUAUACGCCAGAUAUCUGGUUUGGACCACCAGCAGAACCUCCGUUGUCUAUUUCUGCAUAAUAAUAUAAUCAAAAAGAUUGAAAAUUUGGAGGCGUUGCGUAUUCUGGACACUUUGAAUCUGUCACAUAACUUUGUGAAGAAGAUUGAGAAUCUCUCCGGGUUGAAACAACUGCAUACCUUGAAUCUGGGACAUAAUCAUAUUGAAAAUCUAGAGGAUUUUGAAGAUUUGGUUAAUUAUGAUGAGUUAUCCUGUUUGGAUUUGAGUAAUAAUCAUAUAGAUGAACCGUUGAUUCUUCAAGUAGUGGGUAAAAUGAAGAAUCUGCGGGUUUUGAAUCUGAUGGGGAAUCCGGUGAUAAGAAAAGUGGCUUGUUAUAGAAAGAUGAUGAUUCUGAGUUGUAAGCAGUUGACGUAUUUGGAUGAUAGGCCUGUGUUUCCGAAGGAUAGGGCGUGUGCUGAAGCAUGGGAGCGUGGAGGUGUGGAGGAGGAAAAGGCCGAGAGGUUGAGGUGGUCUCAGAGGGAACAGCAGAGGAUUAUGGAUUCUGUUAAUGGGUUGAUUAGGAUUCGUGAUGAGAAUAUUGCAAAGAGGCAGAAUAGGGAGAAUUUAGCUAUUGGGGAGAUAGGUAAUCAAGAACUGGUAUUACCAAUUGAAGAAGAAGAAGGACAUGAAAAUAAUGAAGAAAAUGAAGAAGGUGAUUUAGUUCCUAUACGUCCAGGGAAUUAUUAUGAAGGAUUAGAAGAAAGGGUUCAAAAUAGAGAAGAACAAAGAGAAAGAUUAGAAGUAAAUGAAGAAGAAUAUGAUUAUGGAAGACAAGGACAUGAACCUGAGGUUAAUGUUGAGGAUGAGGUUGAAAAUGAAGAUGAUGAUAAUUGUUUCAUGCGUGAUCGUAAUCAGGAUAUAGAUGUUUCUGGUUACAGAGAAUGUAUUUUUGAUUUUGAUCCAAGGAGUCAACGAAGAUAUCAAAGAGAACAUAAUAGUAGGAAUCUUGUUCAGGAAAUUGAAGAAAUUGAUACUCCUGAAGUUAAAAUAACAGAAAAAUCUGAAGUCAUUGAAGAAGAUGUUUUUGAUUUGAUGAAUUUUGAUCUGGAAGGAUUAUUUUGUGAAGAUUCUGUUGAAGAAACUAAAGAAGUUGUUAAGAAUGAUGUUAAAGCAACUAAAGAACGUUUGAAUGCACAUAAACAAGAUAUUUAUGCGACUAUGCAUCAAGAAUUGGAUGAUUAUGCUUCAAAUAUCAAUGAAAAAUUGAAGAAUGAUGAAGAAACUUCUUCGGUUAUGUUUGAUAAACUCAGUUUAUUAUUUGAACAAGGAGGUUUGAUGCAGUCUGGUUCCAGUGGGGUUAAAGUAGGAGAAAAUGAAGAAAAUGAAGAGAAAAUACAGCAGGAAGAGAAGAAGAUUGAGUUGAUUGAAGUUAUUAAUGAAGAGUUUUCUAAAUUGGCUAUAAAUGAUUUAGGAAAUUUCAAAAAUGAAGAAAAACAAGAAGAAAGUGAAGAACAAGAAGAAAUACAAGAGGAAGAAGGAAAAGAAGAAGAAAAUAACGAUGUAGAAUAUUUACUGAAGAAGAAAACUGAUACAAAUCUCAAGUUUUUGGAGAAACUAGCAAAUAUCGAUGAUUUCCCACAGGAAAUGAUUGAUUCCCUCGACAAAGACAAAUUCCUCUCAGAAUGUAAAGCCAGAAAGAUAAAAAUAUCAAAAGAAGAAACAAAUCAAUACGAAGAAAAGGAGCAAGAAGACGAAAAGGUGGAAAUCAUCGAUGAUAUCAACGAUUAUCUACCAGAAGAACUCAAAAUAUCCAAUGAAGAACCUCCCUUAAUCACAGAAACACAAAAAUUGAACUACAAUCAAUACUCUCAAGAAGAAAAUGAUUUCAAAGCACAAAUGCAAUGGAUUCCGAAGAAACACGAUUAUCUCUCUCAAUCUUUAUCAAGAAGAACACAAAAACUACAAGAAUUACACCCGGAUAACACAGAAACCAAAAAAGAAGAAACCGAAGAACGUGGAGAUCAAUUUUAUGACAAAUUAGACCUACAACAUAAAGAUGCAGAAUUCAUAUUUGAUUCUAUUGAUGCAGAAGACACUGAAGAUGAAACAUUAGAUCCACAAAUAUUAAACCGUGAAAUAAUCAACAAAUCUGACGAAAAACCUAAACCCACGCAUGAAUUACCCGCAGAUGACGAGAUACGUGACCUGUUAAAAUGGCAACUACCGAAAACUACUCAUCAACAUGUUGUUUUACCUCCACGAAGAAAUAAAUACCGCCCGGAGGAAAACUUUGAAAGUGGUGAUCAACAUUUUGCUAAAAUGUUAAUAAAACCAGAGGAAAAAAUUAAAGAACCAUCAUUACAGAAUAACAUAGAUCAAGUUUCCAAACAGAUUGUUGAUCAAGCUUUAGAAAUGGCUUCAUCUUCAGAGCUUUCAUUGAUUAGUCAUGAAGAAAAGUUAAAAGAUGAAGAAACCAAUGCGUAUUUAGCUGUAACGAAGAUUUCUGCACUGCGGGGAGAUAUCAAAGCAUAUUCAGAGAGUUUUGAUGAGUUUAAGAAGACAUUUCAUGUUGAUUACGAUGCUUUGAUACAGAAAUACACGCAGAAUUUGAAGAAGAAUCCAAAGUUGGAGGAAAUGUUUGUGGAGUUUAAAAAGAAGAAACAUGGCGGACGGUUAACACCGGAAGAUCGCGAGUAUUUGAUUGGAUUGAUUGAAAGGAAUAAACAAGUUGAAGAAGUUGAAGAAAGUGAAGAUAAUGGAUAUGAAAUAAUUGAAGCACCGAAGACGGCCAUUUGCAGUCUGGAAAUGCGUCUUGCAAAAGAAGAAGACUAGAAAACAUGUAGAUUCGUAGAGAUGAGUGAAUAAAGUUUUCAAUGUAA